AUGGCCCUCUGUUGCUGCCCACCUUGCUGUCAGCCAUGCUGCUGCAAGACCACCUGCUGCAAGACUACCUGCUGCCAGCCCUGCUGCUGUGAAUCCAGCUGCCCUGAAUCCAUCUGCUGCCAACCUUGCUGUCCCCCAAGUUGCUGCAGCAUACCAUGCUGCCAGCCCUGCUGCUGCCAACCCUGCUGCUGUCCCUGCUGCUGCAUUAUCACCUGCUGCCAGCCCACCUGCUGUGAAAACACCUGCUGCAAGACCACCUAUUGCAAGCCAACCUGUGUGAACUUCUGCUGCAGCACACCCUGCUGCCAGCCCUGCUGCUGGAACCUGAGGAAUGUAAAUUCCAACUCAAGUGUGGCCAAUACUUUGAGGAAGGAUGGUGUCCCUCGGACUGUCUCUCUCCUUAUCUCCAGAGACUAUGGAUUUUCUGCUAUCUUAAUGGGGAACUGUCCAAUCACUGCUGACACCAUGGCCAACUCCUGCUGCUCUCCUUGCUGCCAGCCUUCCUGCUGCAAGACCACCUGUUGUAAGCCAACUUGUGUGACCAGCUGUUGUCCACCCUGUUGCCAGCCCAGCUGCUGUGAAACCACCUGCUGUAAGACCACCUGUUGUAAGCCAACCUGUGUGACCAGCUGCUGUUGUCCACCCUGCUGCCAGCCCAGCUGCUGCAAAACCACCUGCUGCAAGACCACCUAUUGUAAGCCAACUUGUGUGACCAGCUGUUGUUGUCCACCCUGUUGCCAGCCCAGCUGCUGCGAAACCACCUGCUGCAAGACCACCUGCUGUAAGCCAACCUGUGUGACCAGCUGUUGCUGUCCACCCUGCUGCCAACCCAGUUGUUGUGAAAUCUGCUACUGCCAGCCCUGCUGCUAUGAGUCCUGCUGCUGCCAGCCCUGCUGCUGUGAGUCCUGCUGCUGUGAGCCCUGCUGCUGUGAGCCCUGCUGCUGCCCAGCCUGCUCUGAAACCACCUGCUGCUAG